GGCUGCGCGUCGCCAUAUUGAAGUGAUUGUGGUCCACGCUGUGCGCACGUGAAUCGUACGUAAGAUGCUCGGAUAUGCGAUAGCCGAUGGGAUAUUUUCGAAGCAAAGUUUAUUGCUGCGGGGACAGAGCUUUGCGAGACAAUGGACUUGGCCCGCUGUAAAAGGUGGGUCGCAGGCAAUUCGAUGUAAAUUAACGGUGCCGAGCCUUCGGCAUUUCGGGACGAUCGCGCCGGGCUUCCGUUUUGCGUCGUUUUCUCGGCCAGGCGGCACGGCGGGUGCGUCGUUUAAUCAGGCGCGGGAAGUUCAAACGAAAAAGCCUUACGAAAUACCCACGAAUUUAUCAGCGGACACGAUACUGUACAAGAACGAAAAUAGAAAACUGUUUAAACUACUCAACAUUUUUGGUAUAUCACAAUUAAUAUUUUGGUCAUAUUUGGCCCACUUUAUUUAUACCAUGCUGAAGGAUGUACCCAUAAGCAAAUCAGAGGUCGAAGAAUUACCUUGGUGGAGGACUAUCAACUUUGGUGAAAAAAAGAUGCGGACCGCUCUGUCUAUAUGCACAUUUCUUAUUGGGUACGCGAUGUUCGCGUUCGCUUGGAUUCAUACAUUGAAGUCUGUUAAAUAUCUCGUCUUGCGCAAGGGUGGAAAUCAGCUCACCUUCAUUACGCACACUCCGUUUGGAGGGACCAGGAUGAGGACGGUUCCCCUGGACAAGGUAUGUUGCAAGCAGAAUAGAGCCGAAGCAAAACUUCACCUCCCGAUAAAAGUGAAAGGGGAUAUGAUGCAUUACAUUCUUGACAUGCGAGGGCGAUUCGCGAAUCCGCAACUCUUCGACUUCACGGCUGGUCUGCAAAGACCUAUAUAGUACAAGCGUAUAUGGUACACGAUGCUUUCAGAGUUUGAAAGAUGUAACUUUGUCACUUAUUUAAUUGAAAUUUAUUAUUAAAAUGACGAAAAAUAUUUGUACGAUUUAUAGUUUCUUUAGGUCGUCCCGAUAUUUUUUUGCUACAGUGAUGUUGGAAAAUUCUAAUGAAUCCACAAAUAUUAAGUCACUCGGGUAAGUAAGUAUUUUUCGCUGAUA